AUGCAUCAGGUUCUCGAGGGCGUAGGCAUAGGGAGCCCUCAAAAGGCGCCGUCCAACAAGUCGCAGGACUCAGCAGACAGCAAGCGUCCGGAAAGUAAAGCGAAAGACGUGCCGCGCCCAAAUACAAAAGGCUCUUUCAGAAUUCCAGACUUUGCGCCCAAGGAGUCAUCGUGGCAGGGCGGUACCACGCCCUCAGGCGCAUCGCCAAACCCACAUGUCCGCCGCGUAGCCGCAUCCAGCUCCCCAAUGCCCUCACCAAAAACAGUCCUCUACAUCACCCUCCUCAUAGCCGUCUUCUGCAACCCCACGACCGCCACGCCAAUUAGCCCUUUCGCCCCGGCCCUUCUCCGCGCCCGCACCGUCUCCACAACCUCCUCUACAACCAGCGCCUCCGAACUCGCCGGCAAAAUCUUCUCCUGGUCCAGCACAUUCUUGUACCUGGGCUCUCGUCUCCCCCAACUCUACAAGAACCAAAUCCGUCGCUCCACCGCCGGCCUCUCCCCCACCCUCUUCGCCGCCGCUUUCUUCGGCAACCUCUUCUACUCGACCUCACUCCUCACAAACCCGUGUGCUUGGUACUCGUACGCCCCCGGCACAGGCGCCGGCUGGGUCGACCCCAGCACCGGCAGCGACCGCGACGCCUGGGUCCUACGCGCCGCACCCUUUUUUCUCGGCGCCGCCGGCGUCCUCAUCAUGGACGCAGCGGUCGGGUUGCAAUUCUGGUUCUUCGGUGAUGCGGAGCCUAGGGGCCGGUCCGUUGUACCCGGCCAUGAAGACCAGGUCAUCAUCACCGUGGAUGACCAUGGGAGGCUGGUACGCAGGAGUCUGCACUGGCGCAGAGUCAGUGGAUGGAUGCGCGGGUGGGCUCCUGCGGUUAGUGUGGCGGCGACACCGAAUGUUAGUCGGACACAUACGCCUGCAGACACGCCCAAGGAAACGAGCCCUGUGAGUGGCAAGGGCUCGCUAUCGUCAUCUAGUGGUGGCGGUGGGAGUAGUAAGAGUAUCCCAAUUAAGGGCAGGGGCAGUGCGUUGGAUGAGGCAAGGGCGUUGUUGGGCACGAGUAGACAUGCUAGUCCGAGGAGUUAUGGGGCUGUGGGUAGUCCACGGUAG